CGAACUGCCUUUCAGAGCACAGCAAAGCACUACCGCCUGCUCGUCUUCCUCCUCCCCCGCUGCUGCUGCUGCUGCUGCUGCUGCUUUCACCCGUCUCGCAGACAACACAGCAGAGAGCGCAGUGAAUGAGGUGGGUGAAAAAGAGGAACAUGGAAACAGAGAAAAAGGAGCAAGAGGCGAACAGGGGGAAGGAUGUCAACACCAGAGCAUGUGAAUCAUAAAGAAAGAGCGAAAGGAAACGAGCAUCAGCACAAAAAUAGAAGAAAAGCAUAACCAACGGAGAGAUGUAAGACAUGUUAAUCAUGCAGAGAUUAUCUAACCACUGCUGGCUUGAUAUACAAAACAGGAUAAGCAGGGGCAGUUAAAGCACCCAGCUAGCUGUCCAACCACUGGCUCUCUACUCGCUGGCCAAAGGCAGCAGCGUGAAGCCUCGGGGGACAAUGCGCCAAGGAAGAUGGAGAGACUGCAACACUGGAGCUCCGGCACAUGUUCUUCUCACGCACACACACCUAGACACAUGCCUGUGGUAGACAUCUACGAGUGUCUGUAAGAGGACCACAUUCUCCCUUCAUUUUGGGCAGCCACAUGUGGGUUGGGUUAAAGAAGAUUUGACGCACAUUGAGGGGAAAUAAAUGGAGGAAGCAGACGCUGCUUGUGAUUGUGAUGUGGCUAUAGGCACAGCAGGAGCAGUGACCAAAAGGGCAAUGCAUCACUUUCAAGAACGAUUGCUGCCAGAAAGAGAUGCGUUUCUAGAUUCUAACGGGCAAUCACAUGACAUGCAACAGUAGAGCAGAAUAGCAGCUUACUGCAGGCUUGUCAGACAACAUCAUUGUAUGGGAUUGUCAUGUGAUGAACAUACAUGGGAAAUGAGACCAACUUUUGCCCUUUAAGCAAUCCUGCGAAUAAAUCAGCCUCCAGGGGAUGAGGACUUGUCAGAAGACAAUCAGCCUUGCAAACGUGACCACUGUGUGAGUGAAUCGGUCCUGUUGAAACCAUGCAGUGGAGACGGCGGCACUGCUGUACGCAUGUCACUAACUUCCUCUAUCUCCUCUCACUGUUGGGUCUACUGGUGUUUCUGGUCCACCUGCCUAAAAUCACGGGUAUGCAGUGGUGGAAGGGUCAUCCUGUGGUGUUCGGGGGCGGUGAACUUCAUACCACUAAAGCCAAAUGGAAUAUGAGCGCCCCGCAUUCAGCGUGGAGGUUCGUCAUUGUUCCUCAGCCGACUUUCAAACCCAAUGCCAACAUGAGCUCCCCUGAGAAGGAUGCCGUCUACUCUCCUCAAGGGGACCCAAGUGUUCACAACACUCUGGCAGCCAACACUAGCCAAAGUGUAGAAGAAGAUCUUAGUGCCACUAUAACCCAAGGACCGUUCACUUAUAUCAUCAACGAGCCAGACAAAUGCGCAGACAGCAGACCCGCGCCAUUUCUGGUUUUGCUGGUAGCCACGGAGGCUCGGCAGGUGGAGGCAAGAAAUGCCAUACGACAGACAUGGGGGAACGAGAGCGUGGCCCCGGAUGUGGGUUUCAUCCGGCUCUUUCUGCUGGGGAAAAACGACGGAGAGCUGGGACUUUUACAGCAAAAGAUGCUGGAGGCAGAAAGCCGGAGGUAUCAUGAUAUCAUUCAGCAGGACUUUCUGGAUUCCUACAAAAACCUGACCUAUAAGACACUGAUGGGAAUUAACUGGGUUGCUAUUCACUGCCCAGAAGCCGGAUACGUCAUGAAGACGGACAGCGACAUGUUCGUCAACACGGAGAACCUCGUUUACAAGCUGCUCAGGCCUGAACAGCAGCUACGGAAGAACUACUUCACGGGAAAUAACAUGAGAAACUUUGCACCCAACCGGAACAAAGACAGCAAGUGGUACAUGCCCCCUGAGUUGUACCCGGGCGACAAGUAUCCCACCUUCUGCUCUGGUACUGGAUAUGUCUUUUCCGGAGACUUGGCCAGGAAAAUCUAUCACGCUUCGCUAAGAAUUCGCCACCUGCAACUGGAGGAUGUGUAUGUCGGAGUAUGUCUGGCCAAGCUCCGGAUCGAGCCCACUCCUCCGCCCAAUGAGUUCCUGUUCAACCACUGGCGUGUUUCUUACUCAAGCUGCAAGUACAGCCAUCUUAUAACGUCACAUGGGUUCCAUCCCAAUGAACUGCUGAAAUACUGGCAUCACUUGCAGAUCAACAAACACAACGCUUGCAUCAACAUAUCGAGAGCAGGGAGGACACGCUCCAACAGACUGAACAGAGAGAGACCAGCUCAAUAACUUAAGAAAAUAUAAUUAAACACUCUUUGUUUGGAUACAAUGUCAUCUCAGCUUAUACUUUUCUUACCUUGAGAUCAAGGGAUGAAUCCACACAUGAACCAUAUGGUGACUCCAAAUUCUGCAUUCAUGUUGUGUAAGAACACAAAUUCUCAAAAAAAAAAAAUCACCAAUUUUGUACUAAAGAUGGAAAAUGUUUAUAUGUCAAACCACUGGAGGGUUAAUGUACAGCGGUAUAUUUUACAAUGGGAUAAGAUGUGUCACUGUGGUGCAAAGGCUACUGUUUUUCCAUAAUGUGUGUGUGUGUGUGUGUGUUUUAUAGAUGCUGCUUUACAGAUAGAGACUGUUCAAAAACUAAGAGUGGACAUGGCCAGUGCAAAUAAACGAU